AUCUCACCGAAGGAGAUAUUUCCAAUUGUCAAUCAAUUUAGAUACUCUCAUCAUGCAUAUCGAGGCUCAGGAGCUCCCUAAGCUAGUCUUAAGGGGUACCCCCAAAGAGAUUGGUCUCCAGCAUGGCUACCGCCUCCAGGAGCAAAUUAAAUCCCAAGUAGGCAUCUAUGAAGAUAUGUUCGCGUACACUACAAAAAUGGACUGGCCGACUGUCCUCCAGCUUGCGGAGGAAUUCCGAGCCUCCCUGGAGUGCAAAACACCUAAUUUGUACGCCGAGAUGCAGGGCAUAGCAGAAGGGGCAGGGGUGGGUAUCCUGGAUAUUGUAGCGUUAAACUGUCGGAGUGAGAUAUCAUUUGGAAGCUUUUCAGAUGGAUGCACGAGUCUUUCGUGGAAAAAGAACGACAACGCACGAGUUCUGGCACAGAACUGGGAUUGGACCAGUAGCAUUCAGAAGAACCUAGCGUUGAUGGAUAUUGAGAUUUCUGGAAAGCCAAGGAUCUGCAUGGUCACUGAGGCAGGUAUUAUAGGAAAGAUUGGAUUCAACAGUGCUGGAGUCGGAACUUGUCUCAACGCUAUAAAAGCUCGACCAUGCAUUAGCUCCAAGGUCCCGAUUCAUGUAGCUCUCCGCUUAUGCUUGGAAAGCACAUCCGUCGAGAGUGCUUUACAGACUAUCUCAUCUCUAGGAGGUGUAGCUUCGAGCCAACAUAUCCUGAUUGCCGACAGCACAACUUCCCUUGGCCUGGAGCUCUCGCCCUUGGGAGACGUACACCUGAAGGAGGAUGAGUAUGGCAUUAUCAUGCAUACCAAUCAUUUUAUUGAAAACAAGAAUGUGACAGAGCCCUCAUGGAUCGAGGGCUCACCUGCCCGCUUAGAGCGAGCUCAGCAGCUCGCCCACGAGUUGGUUAACAACGGCAUUAAGGGCGACUUGAUCACCCCUAGUUUACUAAGGGAACAGAUUUUCUCCGAUACCUGCAAUGCGCCACUAUCCAUAUGUUCCCAAGAGAACCCUAGUACUCAUCACACAAGGCGCACUUCUACAUUGUUCAACAUCGUGAUGAAUCUGGACAAGGAGAAUCUUGGGGCGGAAGUUGUCGUUGGUCAACCGGGAUCUGGCAAUGAAAGUCCCGUUAUCAAGAUGCCGUGGAUGUAAAAAUGUUGUCGUGAAUUUCCGGAUAUGUACCUGUUGGUCUUUUGAGUACCCAGCAUGGCAACAAGGGGCUGUUCACUUUCUGCAGAGAACCUGCCGCAUACUAGCGGAUAGCGGACCAGGUGUAUACCACUCGAUAAUGGUAUUCUUUGUCUAUUUGGAGACAAAGUGAAAUACACGACCCGUUAGAACAAGGUCAUUGUGUGCGCAUGUAUAUAAAACCUGAAGGAUAGGUCUACAAUUUAGAUCCUCAUGUUUUUUUACAGAA